AUGGGUGCAUGUAAAAUUUGCUCAUAAGGUAUUGUAAUUCACGUUUUUGAUAUUUAACUUUAGGAUUCAUCCUAACCAAUUUCUUCCUAAGAAAAUCUUAAAUCUUAACAAGUUUCUGUUUCGAGUAGUUCACUUCCGUCUGAAUUAUAAGAAAUUAAAAAAUAGGAAACAAAAAAUAAUUUAAAUAAUCUAAAUAUAAAGUAAACUGUGAGUUUGUGGAGAUCAUCAAGUAAUACAGAAAAAUUAUCAAAUAAUGAUGAUUUGCAAAAAAAUCAGACUUGCUUAUAGCAAAUAGAUGAAAUAAGCAGAAGCUAACUUAGAAAUGAUACUCAUUUUGAUGAAAAUAAUGAUAGAUAAUAAUAAUAGAUUUAAGGUCUUUCUUCUUAUUUUAUGUUGGAAAGUCGUCAAUCGAAAAGGUCAGAAAAUCUUCCAACUAUUGAAGGAACACCUUUACGUGAUGAUUUUGUUUACAGUAAGCCCAAGAAAUACAUUGAAGAACAAUUAAAAACAUUAUGA